UUGUACGUCGUGUUCGUAAACAAGACGUUGUGGACAAAAAUAUUCAGGUUUAAAAGCGAAGAUGAACAUUUUGCCAAAGAAGAGGUAUGCAAUUAUAUCUCACGUUUAAGGAGAAGCUUACUUUACCCAAGUUUUCAUAACUGGAUGUGACUUCAUGAGCUUAUAAUUUCAAACCAAAUGAUAUGAGUUUAAUUGAAAUAAGCUUAAUAUAAACUUAAGCUCAUAAGCUUAAGCUUAAAAAAAAACUGCUUUACUUUUUCUUUCAGUUGGCAUGUUCGAAACAAAGGUAAUGUCGAACGUGUGAGACGUGAUGAAGAGAAUGCCAGAAAGGAAGAAAUCGAGAGAGAAAGGAGAGUGGCCCUCGCAGUGAGUUACUAGCACUGAUUCUACGUACAUGUAGUUUAAACUUUAUGAGAAAAGAGGUCCCCUUCAAGAUUAGAGAUUUGGUACUUUUAACGUUCAAGGUUUUUUACACUGUUGUGUUGUGCUUGUGAAGUGACAGCAUGCAGUCGCUUGAAAAAGACGCCUUUAGAGUGUCAAAACUUGAAAGUAAAAUCUUUAAAUUUUCAGUAUCCGGAUAGAUACCUCUUUUCUCACUAUGUUUUUACAGUAUUAGGAAGCAGAAUGCCUUUACUGUAAACUGUAGGAAAGAAGGACAAUCUAGGACUGUUUACUACAACUUGCAAACACAAUGACUAACACAUGCAAUGGUUGCCUGAACACUCAUUCUAAGCGUCACUCGAUAAGAUUGCACCUAGGAAAGUAGUCCGUUAACAAAGUUUGUGAAACUGCAUAAUAGUUUCUUACUUAUUGGUUAUGCCAUGUCAAUUGGCAUAUGUAAGUUUGUUAUUUAGAAGCUUGAAUCCCAUUGAAGUCCUGAAAUUUUUUUUGGGUCAAUUUGCAAUUGCUUAAAUUGCAAUUACCAUUGCAACGAUCAUAUCUUCAUUUAAAAGAAAGUCUUUUGUCAAACAAACAGGGUCAGGGUUUCAGGAGGAACGCCACACACUCCCCCUAAAAUGUAUCAGGAGUACCCUGCACAAGGCAAUUGGUCUUUUCCCCUUAAGAUCAUGUGACUAACCCGACCCAGCAAUUUGCUUGUCUUCUACACCAUAACUCAGUGCUUCAGCAUCAUUGCCAAUCACAAUGAAUUUUGGAUUGUGAUCUUUUGAAGACGUGUUAUCCAAAUGUUAUCUUGGCUGCAUCUAAAGGAAGUAGCAGUACAGUGUAGUACAUGCAGUGGUUAGCUUUGAGAAUCUGGAAUGUUUUCUUGUAGACCUCCAUCAAAUGAUUAUUCAUUCUCAUUAAUUACACAUCUUUUUUAAAGUCAAAGUCAAGCUUAGGCAUUUUCAUUGCGUUCUUUGUAGGAACAAGAAGCCAGAACAGCCUUGUUACGAAGCCGUGCAGCUAAGAAGCAGAUCAAAGAUGUUAAAUCACCUGAUACAACAGCACUUGUUUUAGAUGCAGAUGACAAACCAAAGCAUAUAAACUUCUUUGCUGAUAUCGAAGAAGGGGUGAGAAGUAACACAGCACAUUGAUUUUGCUUGCUCAAGGGUGAGAAGACAGGGUUGUUACUUAACAGGUUUUGUAGCCUGAAAAUAUCAGAGGUCUUUUUCAUAUUGACUAACUGGUUCAUCAGUUCGGCUUUUGAUUAUGUUAGGGCUCAAACUGAGUCCCAUCCAGUCUUUGGGUACAAGUAGAUUUUUUAUGCACAUAGGCAAGGGUCCAGGCUUUACAUCUAACUCCUUAUAUAUACACAUAUCUAUGUGAAUUUGAAUUUCUCUUGUUCCUGUGUUGUUUUGCUUAUAGCUAAGACAUGGCAGUAACCCUGAAUAUGAAGCCGAGAAAAAAGCUGAACAGGAGAAGAGAGAGAAGGCAAUUGGUCUCUUAACAUACCUGGGGCAGAGUGAGAGAGAUUCACAAAGUAUGCAUUUUGUCAUAAUUUGUUAGUUUUAUUUUUAUUGCUCCUUCUGCAUCAUAAUGGUGGAAAUAAUAAUAUUUAUAUCUUAUUCAGUGUUAACCUACAGUAGAACCUCUUUUUAUCAGACACCCUCUGGACCAAGGCAAGCGUCCCCUGAAAAGAGGUGGCGCCUGAACAGAGGUUGGGCUUGGGUUUCUUAAGAAAUUAACCAAGUAAUAAAAAAAUCAGAAUCUGCUGCAGUCAUUAUUUCAAGUGGCUGGAUAUUGUAUAAUCAAAAAUGCCUAUGGCUGCUUUUGGAUUAAUUAACUUAGAAAUGAAAGCUGAUAAUGAACUUGCAAUUAGUCUACUGACAGUAUAUUUUAAGUCUGUCAAAAAAAUGAAAAUAUGUGUUAAGAAAAAAACAACUAAAAAAAUGACCAAAAAAAGCAGUAAAAAAAAGUUUCUUAUGGCCGUCGGGAGUAGAACCCUGGACCUUCAAUGUGUAACGUAUUGUGCCACGACAACUAUUGCUGAACAGAAUCAUUGAAUUUUUUAUCGUUAUCACUUUUGCCCAUGAAAUUCUUCUGGCGGAUGGUGUUUGAAGCUGGUAGAGCCUUAUUUAUGAAGAAUUGAAAGAUAUAUUAGAGGAAAACAACCAUGGUUUGGAUGUCUCUUUAAACCACCGUGAAGUCACUUGUUGAAAGCAUUGUACAGCUUGCAUUUCUCUGCAUUAACCUUAGGAGAAUCAGUUACGAUACAGCAACAGUAAACAUUUCCUUUUUUACUCAACCCAAGAAACAUUUCAUUUCAGAAUGAUAUUUCCCUAAAAACCAUGAGAUUAGAAGUCCUUUUGAGAGGAAAGUUAAGCAAGUCAUGCGUGUCACAGCUUUCUAAGCCAAAGCUGUGUUGUGAUUCACUUGAAAUACUAUCCAUCCCGAUUGGCUAUUUAGAUCGAACUUCCAGUUACGAGUGAGUGACAAAUUUUUCAUACAGAUUCCCUACAAUACUCAUGGAUAAUCCACAAGUAAAAAUCAUAAUUACGUAACUUAUUUCUGCAAUAUUGUUGGUUGAGUAACCACUAGUACAGUACAUUGAUUUAAGUGAGAUAGUUCAUGUUGUUAAAGCUGUCAUCAUUUUGACUAUUACUCUUGAAUGUAUCAACCCUUUUUGUGGUCAGUCAUGUUAAGAGUGCUAAGGUGUGCCCUGGGUAGAAGUUAAACCGGGUUUUGGGACCCAGAAAUAGUGUCUUUUUCCCUUAAAUAGAGGUGUCCCUUCAACAGAGGUAGCAGAUACAAAGACUAUGUGAACAUUUUUUUGGGACCAAAUUUUGUUUCCCCUGAAUGGAGGUGUCCCUUAAAUAGAGGUGUCCCAAAGAAGAGAUUACACUGUAUUUUGGUGCUAAGAAAACACUCAUGGUUUUUAGAAUUAGGAAAUAGUGCAAAUAAUUCUUAAUGCAUCAGUCAAUUCCAGCUGCAACCUGCCCACCCCCACCCCCCGGCCUGACCCCCUGGCAUUAGCAUUUUUUUGCCUUGGAUGGCAAAUUCCUGGACCUGGGGGUGGGGCCUCUUGAACUGUCAAAUCCCCCAGGGUGGGGACGAAAAAGGAGGGCAAAUGCCCUCUCCUCGGUCAACACUGCAACAUGAUUUUAAGCAUUUUAAUGUGCAAUUUUUUGUUUCAGUUAACGUAUUCCUUUGUAAUAGCGCUAGGAUUCUAAUUAAGACUUCACGCCACGACGACAUGCACCACUAUAUAUUUUAGUAUUGACGUAAAAUUAUUGACAUUAAAAUUAAUAGAGCGCUGUAAAGAUGUUAUGAGUGGUUUCAUGAAUAUGAAAAGGAUGUUUUUCAAAUAAUAUCAACAGAAAUUUGAUUCAAUAACCAAAAAACGUUGAUUCACGUCGAUAGCUCUCGAUUUCGCUGCCUGUAAUUUUGGUUUGAUAAGUAAUGAAGAAAUGCAUGCAUAAAAUCAAGAACAUGCUUUUACAAACCUCUUUAAUUUUUUCCUGUCCUUGGCAGAUGAGCCAAUCUGCUUUCUUUCCCAGUAAAAUCCUCUGUGUAGUUAUAUUCAGAUAGGAAACCGCUUGCGUGUCAAAAGCUCGAGAAUGGCCCCGGGGCAGGACUGACACGGUGGGCAAAUGCCCCGCAGUAGCCCGGGGUAAGGGGCGGGGGGGGGGGGGGGGGGGGGGCAAAAUUUGAUUCAAUAACCAAAAAACGUUGAUUCACGUCGAUAGCUCUCGAUUUCGCUGCCUGUAGUUUUGGUUUGAUAAGUAAUGAAGAAAUGCAUGCAUAAAAUCAAGAACAUGCUUUUACAAACCUCUUUAAUUUUUUCCUGUCCUUGACAGAUGAGCCAAUCUGCUUUCUUUUCCAGUAAAAUCCUCUGUGUAGUUAUAUGCAGAUAGGAAACCGCUUGCGUGUCAAAAGCUCGAGAAUGGCCCCGGGGCAGGACUGACACGGUGGGCAAAUGCCCCGCAGUAGCCCGGGGGAAGGGGCGGGGGGGGGGCUGGGCGCAGCUGGAAUUGACUGAUCCAUAAAUAAAUGAUAUUCCUAUUUUUGUUAUUAAGUGUAACGAAAAUCCCAGAGUUAAAAGGAACGCAACUGACAAGAAGAAAAAUGUGUAAUGCCCUUCUAGAGCUCGGCCUGUUCUCAGUUAUUGUAAAAGCUUCGUAAUGUCAAGUGAUCGCUUAAUUUUCUUGACAUGUACGUGAUGGAGCUUUAAUCAUUUUUUUGUUUCUUCGUGAUAUACAUGUCAUUUUCAUCAAGGGCCAAAGAAGUAUUCAUGUUUGCUUUAACAGAUCAGAAGCCAUGGUAUGUUAAAUCUCACCAGGACAGAAAAGAUCCAGAUGGGGCAAGUGAAAGGUAAACUGUCUGAAUUUCUUCCUGUGCUGGAUUUACGGGCACUACACAUUUCUUUCAUUCGGCAGGUUAAAGGGAUGAUGGACUGUACUAACGAGAACCUGGUCAGUUACUCCAAUAUUCUUUUAGAGGCCAAUACCUUAAAUGCGCCACAGGCGCAACCUCGAGCUUAAAAUGGCCGAUCCUGAUAAGUGGACCUAAGUAGAGGAACGAAACAGGGAUUCAUGACUGGCACUACACGGUUAAUAUUGUUAGAAACUUAAGGAGUUGUGGUGAAUUUCCACUGUCGCGUAAUUUUUACCUGCGUACGGAGGUAAAUUUUACGCGCGUAAACAAAAUAAAGGCAAUAUAUAGAACGUCGCACUUAAACGUUAAAGUUUAACCGCUCAACCCUUACGUUUAGACGCAGCCUUUCAUGCAUUGCCUCUAUUUUAUUUUCACGCGUAAUUUUUAGCAACAGUGGAAAUCCACCCUUAGGGUGGCGUUUACGGCAAUCGACGAGCGCCAACGGUGACCACGUGACAGCCUUUUCCCGCUGUUUAUCACGCCUUUCUUUUGUCCUUGGCCGUUUACACAGGAGAGGUUUCACGUUCAUCAGAAAAAAAAAAUCGGAAAGAGAGAGAGAGAGAUAAGGAGAGAGAGAAAAUUACUUUGUGUAGUUCUCUUGUUCGUGUACAUUAACAAUCGUAUCUGGAUAGGCAUCUCUGCCCUUAAUCGUUUCCCGUUUGUCCUUGACGCGACUUUUAAGGUCUCUAGUAAUGUCGUAAUUGGCUUGCGUGUGUGCGUGAAAAACUGACCAAACCACAGAGGUUGUUCGAUAAAGCCGUGGUCUAUAUCUUUCCUUGAGAACAUAACUUUGUAAUAAAAAACUGAUUGUAUCUCUUUUUACCUUCUUUGCGGGUUAGUUCCAGAGAGAAAGACAGGAAACGUAUAAUGGAUCCUUUAAACGACGUGAAAAAAUAUCUUGAAGUAAAAAAGUCACACAAGAGAGACAAAGACAGCAAGCACAAAAGGAGCAAACGCACAGAAAUAGAACAAGACUCUAAAAGAAAGCACAAGAAAAGUAUUGAAGAAAUGAGAAAAGAAAGAUUAGAACGAGAGAAAGAGGAACGCGAAAGAGAGAGGAAGCUGUUAGCGUCAGUGAGGGGAGACAAGAUAACUACAACAGAAACUGCUAGUUACAACGCCCCGAGCAGGUAAACAAUUUGACCCCCCUCCGUCCUCACCCCCUAGUGUUUUAAGUGAAAAAACACUACCCCUUCGACGCCUCAACGUCAAAAUGCUUCAACCAAAAUGUUGCCGGUUUUUUAAGAAUUUCUCCCUGGCAUCGGGUAUUUUGAGGGCCUUCUUUAAAUACAGAAAGCUUCAAUUCUUCAUUUAAAAAAUUUAUUUGGAGUUAUUUUAAUAAAUUUAUUUUUAUUGAUUAAUUGACUGUUCAUUGUCCCUUAUAUUUCUGCAAGAUCGAUGAGGUUAAUCGCUUAACCCUAUCGAGACCCUGCUUUUUGGGUUGCGAUUUUCACGCGCGUUCACAUAUUCCGAACUACUCUUGUCUUGGUCUAAAACAAUAGGCCCAUCCGCACGAAGCUGCAAGAAUCUUACAAUUCCUCAACGUUAUAGAAUAUUUACGAUCCAGUGCAUUACUUAUGAUAAGUAAGAUUCUGUAAAAAGAAGAAGUCUGGAAGGAAAAAGUUCCCGUGUAUUUUUCAGUCUAAAUUGCUGUUUUUAUUUGUUGCAGGUAUAAUUCUCAAUACAAUCCAGAGUUUGUAAGGAGGCCCAGGAAUGACUUGAGAUACCGGCCAUAUUAG